UUUAAUCGUUGUUUCAUUAAUUGUGGGUGGAAGGGGCACGGAAUGGAAUUUUGUGGUGAUUGUUUGGGAAGAGAAGUGUGGGGAUUUCUUUGAUAUACGACUAAAUUUAGCAACACAAAUUAAAAUCUUAAAAAUUUCUAUUCCGUCGUAACGAUUUGAGAGAAAGUAUGGACACGGCAUCGGGUAACAGUCGAUUUAAAAUGAGCGAAGGUGAUUGGAUAUGCAGUGACCCUCAGUGUGGCAAUAUUAACUUUGCGAGGCGGGACACCUGUAAUCGGUGCGAUAAGGAAAAAGUGGAAAGCUUGAAAAAGAAGAAGUUAGGCCAUGAAAUUGGUAAAGCUGCUGCAGAGAAGAGCCGUGGGCUUUUCAGUGCAGAUGAUUGGCAGUGUAAUAAGUGUGGGAAUGUCAACUGGGCCCGCCGACAGUCGUGUAACAUGUGCAAUGCUCCAAAGUAUGGUGAGGUUGAAGAACGUACUGGUUAUGGGGGAGGUUACAAUGACCGUGGCGUUGUGGAAUAUGUACGCCGUUCGGACUCGGAUGAUGAAUAUGAUGAGUUUGGAAGAAAAAAGAAGAAAAAGAAUGGAGAGUCAAUUCCAGAAAAACCACGCAGAGUAGCAAAACUGGAUGUAGACCGUGAUGAAGAAGAUGAAGAAGAGGAUGAUGAUGAAGAGGAUGAUGAUGAUGCUGAUCUGUCCAAAUAUGACUUAGUUGGUUGGGGUGAUGACAGUGAUGCUGAUUCUGAACAACAAAAAAAGGACAAAGAAAAUCGCCCAAAAACGAGGCGGGGUCAUUCAAAGUCACGUUCCCGUUCCAGAUCUCCCACAAAUGAGGGAAAGAGCCACAAAACUAAAUCAAGAUCAAGUUCAAGCUCGUCACAUUCAUCUGGAAGUGGAAAACGAGGAAACAGCUCGUAAUACAUUCAGGUUCAGGUAAACAGGUGGUAAUGGGUAACAUUAAGAUGGAGCUGCACGUAGAUGAUGGUGUUUACAGUGAACUACAGGUCCCCUCUGGUACACGAUUAGUAUCCAUCUUUCUUGGUAAUGAUAUGGUAGUCCUCACAUAUAGUGCUUAAGGCUUUAUGCGUUCACUGAGAAAUAAUAGGCUUGCAGAGAAUUGUGAUUUCCUUAGCUAUAAUUAAUAUGGGAAGGAGUUAACAUGAAUGAAUAUAUUCAGCUGACUGAAUGCAGUUACUGAGCAUAUAUUGUUUAGUUUGUUUUCUUUAUGUGACAGGAUAUGUUAUGAUUUUUAACUUUGUUGAAAUGAAAUAAAAUGUAUUGUUUUCUUUUUUAUAGCAUUUAAAAGAUUCUAAUCACAGUAUCACCAGUGUGUUAGACAAAAAACCUUUUUGUCUGUACUAAGGGUUUAAAUUUUUUUUAGACCUUUACUAAGGUUACUGUGGGCUGUUACAUUUAAUCUCUUCAUAACAUUACUGACGUCCCAGUUGUCCAGAGUAAGUUACUUUGAGCUGUUGCAGGAAAUGUAUGCGCAAAGGGUUAAUGUUAUAUUGAGCAAUACUUAUUGCAUUUUAAUUUUUUAGCUUUUCGUUAAUCAAUAAAAAUGUUAUUGAAAACAA